CUACAUUUAAGCAACCCUCCUUACAGAAAAUGGAUGCCAUACAAAACUCACCUCAAGAAACAUCCUCAAGUAGUGAACAUAAAGAUAAGAGGAGAAAGGUACAAUAUUGUGAUUUAGAAAGCCAAGAUGAUGUUGACUGUGAUUAUAAAAUUAAUAAUGCUUCUAUAGUAUCUGCUCAAAAAGAAGAAAGAAAUUCAUUCUGGAAGGCACCUGGACGAUUAAUUAAUUAUUUUAAAUUAUUAGAGACAGCAAUGAUGUGUCGUCACUGUUUGUAUAAGACUGAUAAUGAUCCAGAAUAUUUAAAUUCACCUAAUUAUCAACCACCAGCUCAAAAAACAUCAAAUAAAAAUAUUCAGAAAUUUCAAAAUAGAAGAUAUGUUUUACGUGAUGAUAUUUUUUAUUCUGAGGAAGAAUUUCAACAAUUAGAGUCUGCAUAUCAUGAAGUGUGUGCAGAACUUGACAAAGCAAAACUGGCUAUUGAAACAUUUGCAGGAGCAGGUAUAAGCAUUAGGCGUGAGACAGUAAUGAGGCAUAAAAAAAAACAAGAAAAUACUCACAAUGAUACUGUUAGCUCCUUUGUAUUAGAACAUUUUCAUUCAGAUGAAAUCUCUAGCAAUGGGUUAAAAAAAUUUUAUGACAUGGAAGCACUUGCCCAAAUACUUAAGCCAAUCCGAACUGCAAUACAAGAAUUAGAAACCACAUCCAUCACUUUAGCAGACUGCUAUAUUCAUCUUAUAAAGAUUGCUGCUGCUUUUAAGCAAUUACCUCUUGAAGACUACUGA